AGUUAUAUAUAUUUUUUUUGGGAGAUCAGAUUACAUCCAUUAAAUCGUGAACAGUAACAGCUAGUAUUUGAUAAAGUACUAAGACAAAUAUAGCAUCAUAAAUGUAUGCAAUAGAAUGGUUAUAAAGGAUAUAUUGUUGGAAAGUACCAGAACUAGAAUCCCAGUUUCUAAGCAACCUAUGAAUUGCUGGAAAAUUAGAAAAUAAUUUUGGGAGAAUAUUUCAAAUGGCUGAGGAUCACCUUUCACUUGUUAAAUAAGCAUGUUAAGGGCAGAGGCCAUUCAGAUUAAUGAAGUGUUCUAUUAACAAUUUUAACGAGAACUCCAGCAGCACUCUUAGAAACACCCUUAAGAGUCUUGUCUGUGUUCCUUGUUGUGACUGGCCUGGAGGCUACCUCAUAUUACUUAUAUUUUUCCCUGACUUCAUUUUAUCUCCUCCUGCUUGCAUACUUCAUCACUGAACACUUGAGAACAGAAGCUGUUCGUACUUGGUGCACUGUGGACUCUUGUGAUAAUUAACCAAGAGUAGCUCUAUUUGUCCAAUCGAAUACCUAAAGAAGAAAGAAAAUGGCUUGUAUUGAGUUUUCUUUUCAUGUGCCAAGUCUAGAAGAGCUUGCUGGAGUUAUGCAGAUGGGGUUAAAAGAUAACUUUGCUGAUGUCCAGGUCUCUGUAGUUGAUUGCCCUGAUUUGACUAAGGAACCCUUUACCUUUCCUGUAAAAGGCAUCUGUGGGAAAACUAGAAUUGCAGAAGUAGGAGGUGUGCCUUACUUAUUGCCUCUUGUAAACCAAAAAAAAGUUUAUGAUCUGAAUAAAAUUGCAAAAGAAAUCAAGCUACCUGGAGCUUUUAUUCUUGGAGCAGGAGCAGGUCCAUUUCAAACUCUCGGGUUCAAUUUUCAGUUUAUGCCAGUUAUUCAGACAAAAAGUGAACACAAGCCUCCUGUGAAUGGAAGUUAUUUUGCUCAUGUGAACUCUGCAGAUGGAGGGUGCCUACUGGAGAAAUACAGUGAGAAACGUCAUGAUUUUGAGUGUGCAUUACUGGCUAAUCUUUUUGCCAGUGAGGGGCAACCUGGCAAGGUAAUUGAGGUGAAAGCCAAAAGAAGAACUGGACCACUUAACUUUGUGACUUGUAUGAGACAGACCCUGGAAAAACAUUAUGGAAAUAAGCCUAUAGGAAUGGGAGGUACUUUCAUAAUUCAGAAGGGAAAAGUGAAAUCUCACAUUAUGCCUGCAGAAUUUUCUUCCUGCCCCUUGAACUCUGAUGAAGAGGUCAAUAAAUGGCUGCAUUUUUAUGAGAUGAAGGCUCCUUUGGUUUGUCUACCAGUUUUUGUCUCCAGAGACCCAGGGUUUGAUUUGCGACUGGAGCACACUCAUUUUUUUAGUCAUCAUGGAGAAGGUGGACACUACCAUUAUGACACUACUCCAGAUAUAGUGGAAUAUCUUGGAUACUUCUUACCUGCAGAGUUUCUCUAUCGCAUUGAUCAACCAAAGGAGACUCAUUCAAUUGGGCGAGAUUAAAUCAGCUGAUACUUAUUUAGAAAAAGAAAUAAUUAAGGUUAAUUAAUUGUUGACUCAUUAAUUGAUACAUCGAUAAAACCAAUAGAAAUGAUCCCACAGGCCAGGCACAAUGGCUCAUGCCUAUAGUCACAGCCCUUUGGGAGGCUGAGGCAGGAGGCUCACUAGAGCCUAGGAGUUUGAGACCAGCUUGGGCAUCACAGCAAGACCCAGUCUUUAUUUUUUUAAAAAGUUAAAAAUAGAAAUGAUCUCACAACUUAAACCCCUUUUUUUUUUAUUUCAUAUGAAAGGAUAUAUUGACAUUAGAUUCUGUAUUAUUUCGUAGAUCUGUCUGAAAGAAAUUGGGAACAAAAAUAUCUAAUUGAGAUAUUCUUUAAUUUUUUACAUACCAGCUUCAUUGUUUUUUUAUUCUAUACUUUUAGCAAAAUCAGUCAUGUUUAUACCUUGAAUAUAAACAUCAGGAAUCAUGCAAUUAUUUCUACUAUGUAUUAGUAGUAACUUAUAUUUGUAUAACAUUAUUAUAUUUUGCAAAUUAGUAUCAAACAAUUGCUAAGUAGAUGUUUCUGAGUAUGAGAAAAAUCAGUGUUAUUACCUGCAUGACAUUAAAAAAAUUUCAAAAAGAGAAAAAGAAAAAUCAGUGUUUAGAAAUGUUGAUCGUUAUUGAAUCUUUGUAUUGAAUUUUGAACAUUCAUUCUAGUAAUCAGAGUAUACUCUUUUCAUGGAACAAGAUGGCAGGUGGGGAGCCCUUUACCCUUCUGCUGAAGUUAAACCAUAGAAGCUUGCAAUUUGCCUUUCACCAACAUUAACAGGCUGGGCCAUGGUGGCCAAAGCCUGUGAUCCCAGCAUAUUGGGAGGCCGAGUGGGAGGAUUUCCUGAGCCUAGGAGUUCAAGACCCGCGUGGGCACCAUGGUGAGACCCUAUCUCUAUUAUUUAAAUCUUUUCUUAAAUAAAAAAUAAAAACACAAAUAUUAGCAACUAGUUGGUUAGCCAUAAUUCCUCCCUUGUUUGGAUUGCCACUUAGAAGCAAUUUGUAUUUCGCUGGUAUUUGCAAGAGAAGGGGGAAAAACAGCAUCAAAAUGCAACACUGAAGUGAGCUUACUUUAAUUUGUAAGUGAGGCUGUUGCUGAACAUGACCACUGUACUUGCUGAAAUAUAAAAUUAUACUCACUGAUUGUAAUGGUUGAAAUUUUUCUGGAUGUUCUUUGAAUAAUCAUGAGCCAAAGAUUAACUCUCUAAUGGUGCCAAUGCCAAUUAGCAAUCUUGCUAAUGUGCAAAUUUAGGAAGUCUUUAGUACUAAGUAAAGAAUUUUCAAAUAAUAUCUUUAAUUGUCUACUUUGGAUGUUAGCUAUGUCUUAUGAGUAUAAAUUCCUAUUUAAACACUUUUGAUGCAAAAAAAAUGAAUUUAAAAAUUUAUGAAAUAUUAUAUUUUUAAUAUCUUACUUCCAGAGAAAAAUAAUAUUAAUAGUCUUUCAUUUAACAAAUAUGUAUUGAACAGCUACCCUGUUCUCUGGAGUGUACACCUUAUGCAGGCAAUGGCAUUGUUCAUGACUGUAGCACUAGUGCCUUUAACAGUGCUAGCUCCAUCAAGUCGUUUAUGUAAAAUAAAAUAAAAUAACAUAAAAAAACA